UGUAAACAUGUAAACAGUGGUGGCGGCGAUAUGUUUUACGCUUUUAUGAACGAUAUAAAGCUAAAUUUUUUUUAGAAUAAAAGAGCUGCAGCUGUUCGUUCGUAAGUUGCAGCACGGCACCAUGGACUCAGAUGAUGGUGGCACAAAGCGGUCGGGUCGGGGUCGCGGGCGCGCUAGAGGUACCCGUGGACGUGGUCGCGGCCGAGGUCGUGGCCGGGGAAAGAAAGCGACCCGCGUUAUAUCUUCCGAUGAGGAGGAAGAGGUCGCAUCACCCGAACCGGAAAAGGAAAACAAUGUGCUGUCUGAAAAGCAGCAUUCAGCUACCACACCAUCAUCAACUUCCGGCAAACGACGCAGUGUCGAACAGGAACCAUUGAAAGAAUCGGCACCGGUUGUAGCACAACCGCCGGUUCCCGCGGUAACUGCCGAGCUGGAUCCAGAACCGUUGCCGGCUACGGGCAUCCUUCCGGCACCAACAGGCGCCCCUCUCAUUAUCGAUAUGGAGGCGGACAUUUCGCAACUGGAAGCACCCACCUUCACCACUAUUAGUCGCGGUCCGCCGGAACCGAUGUUACGGCUUGACUGGAACCACAAGGUCAACUUGAUCGGCGAGAAAGUGCUCAACCCGAUGAUCUACUGUUGCGAUCAGUGUGACAAUCCGAUCCUGAUCUACGGUCGCAUGAUACCAUGCAAGCAUGUGUUCUGUCUCCAGUGUGCUCGUUCGGACACUUUGAAGGCGUGUCCACGCUGCAAAGAAAAGGUGCUCCGGGUAGAACAGACUCGUCUUGGAACUGUUUUCAUGUGUACGCACGGUGGCACACGGUACGGCAACACGGGCUGUCGGCGCACCUACCUGUCCCAGCGGGACCUACAGGCACACAUUAAUCAUCGGCACGUGACGAAUUCUGUUCUACCACCCCCAAUACCGCCUGUUCAGACAUCCAUACCACUGCUCGCUAUACCAUCUGCACACCUAACCGUCCCGGUACAACCGUUGGAACUGCCACUCAUGAGUAAAAUGUUGUUGGAAAAAAUGAAUGCAAGUGGUGUAGUGGCACAGCGCAAAAAUUCCAGCGAACAGCUUAAUUCACCAAGGGCCGGCAUGAUGCGACAGGCAGAAUUGGGCGAAAGUUAUUACAGUUAUGGAAGCUCCGUUUCUUACACGUCCAGUCAUUCCACCAGCAACCAACAUCUGCACAUGCCAAUCGGUGCCCCACAGCAAUCCGCUGCCCAACAGCAUCUGUCUCGUACUGGAUACUCACCUUACGGACAUCAAACGUCUUCGCCACAACAACAGCAGCAAUUUCCAUCGUCCACAUCUUCCUCUCUGUGGGGUCAAUCCUCCAAUCAAUACUAUCGCUAGGUAGACACGGCUAUACAACUGCAGGAGCCUCUUUUUGAAGCGUUUAUCUCGAAUUCAUCGAUGUGCUUAUUGUGGCCAGUUUGGACCACGUAUAUGUGGUAACGGCAUCAAUAUUUAUACGAUUGGAACGGUACACGCCAGGACUGAUUAUCCAGCUACAGGUAAAUUUAGUCAAAGAAACCCCAGAAAAGGACCAGAAACCGGUCACGGUUGCAAUGUCACUAAACCAGAAACCGACCAUCGUGGAAUCUGCCGUUCUAGCACCGAAGAAAAUAGUAACACAUGAUCAGAAUAACACACAUGAUCAGAAUAAAAUGAAACAAUUUUACUAGCUAACGAAAUCGAUAACUUAGAAACAAAUUUGGUUAACUAGACGAAAACGAAUUAGACGAAUUUCUUUAAGGUUGCACACGACUGUGCAGUAUUUCGAAUAAAAUGC